CGUGAGGCUCGCUCCCACUCCGCGGACCGUUCGGGAAGGGGGAGCGCGGCGGCCCAGGCUCGCCCGGCCGCGCGCCCCGCCCCUCGGAGGCCCGCCCUCUAGCUCGCCCCCACAGCCCGCUGCGCCUGCGGGUACUGAGAGCUCCCGCUGCCGGCGGUGACCCGGGCCCAGCCGCCUCCACGGCCCGCGCCCCUACUGGAGGGAAGAGCCGCCUUGGGGAGGAGGGAAAGGGACGUGGGGGAGGCCACGGCAGGACAGGCGGUCUGACACCAGAAGAGACUCCCCUGCCUCUGGUCCUAGCUCUGUAAUAGCCAUGAGAUCUCUGGGUUAACCUCCAUUUCAGCUAAUCAUGGGAGAGAUUAAAGUCUCUCCUGAUUAUAACUGGUUUAGAAGUACAGUUCCCCUUAAAAAGUUUGUCCGAGAGCCUGGAGUCUUUCCCCUCUGGACAGCGCUGGAGAAUGACUCUGCAGAUGGCCUCCUCCACACACACACAGCCAGAAGUAUGGGGAAGAAAUAAGAUGCCAUAUACAGAGUUUAUUCUUUUAAUGAUUAUCGUGGAUGAUGAUGAUAGUAAAAUAUGGUCGCUGUAUGAUGCAGGACCCAGAAAUAUCAGGUGUCCUCUGAUAUUUCUUCCCCCUGUCAGUGGAACUGCAGAUGUAUUUUUCCGGCAGAUUUUGGCUUUGACUGGAUGGGGUUACCGGGUUAUAGCUUUGCAGUAUCCAGUUUAUUGGGACCAUCUUGAAUUCUGUGACGGAUUCAGGAAACUUUUAGACCAUUUACAACUGGAUAAAGUUCAUCUUUUUGGGGCUUCUUUGGGAGGCUUUUUGGCUCAGAAAUUUGCUGAGUAUACACACAAAUCUCCCAGAGUCCAUUCUCUCAUCCUCUGCAAUUCCUUCAGUGACACCUCUAUCUUCAACCAAACUUGGACUGCAAACAGCUUUUGGCUGAUGCCGUCAUUUAUGCUCAAAAAAAUUGUUCUCGGAAACUUUUCAUCUGGCCCAGUGGACCCUAUGAUGGCUGAUGCUAUUGAUUUUAUGGUGGACAGGCUGGAAAGUUUGGGUCAGAGUGAACUGGCUUCAAGACUUACCCUGAAUUGUCAAAAUUCUUACGUGGAACCUCAUAAGAUUCGGGACAUCCCUGUGACCAUUAUGGAUGUGUUUGACCAGAGUGCACUUUCAACUGAAGCUAAAGAAGAAAUGUACAAACUGUAUCCUAAUGCCCGGAGGGCUCACCUUAAAACAGGAGGCAAUUUCCCAUACCUAUGCAGAAGUGCAGAGGUGAAUCUUUAUGUACAGAUCCAUUUGCUACAAUUCCAUGGAACCAAAUACGCGGCCAUUGACCCGUCGAUGGUCAGCGCUGAGGAACUGGAGGUGCAGAAAGGCAGCCUCAGCAUCGGUCAGGAGGAGCAGUAGCUGAGGCGUUGCCUGUUGAUGACGAGCGGGCCAGAGAGUUCUUAUCCAGUCAGCAGAGUGAGUGCCCACCUGGCGGCCCCUCUGCUCCGUUGUUGGGUUCACCGGUUAUCACUGUGUUUGGAAGUAGGACUGAUUGUCAUCUCUGUGACAGGUGGCAGCUCUUCUGAACCAGUGUAACUGUUCCCCCUUUGGUUUUUUUUUUUUUUUUUUUAGCUUUCAAAUUUGAGGAAGUACUUUUGAAGAUUCCCAUUUUAAGAAUUGUGAAAAUUUUGCUACCAAAAGUCUUCUCACCACUGUGUUCUUAAGUGAAUGUUGAUUUCUGAGGUUUGGGAUUUUGUGGGGUUUUUUUUUUCCUUUUCUUUCCUCCUUUCUUUCUUGUUACGUUAUUUGCUGUAAAUGCUGCACAUCCAGAUUGUGUAUCAGAAGGACAUUGGUUAUGUUUAUGCUUUCUUGGUGCCAAGGGCCAAGGCUGUCUGUCACCCCACCGUUUGCUCUCCAUCCAAAAUCAACUACUUCUAAUUUCCGGGUAAGCAGAUCAUUUUCUGUUUUAUCUGCUGUCUUUCUAGCCAUUACAGUCAUUUGGAAUAAAAAUUCAAUUUCAGUGA